GCGUUCGCGGCAUGCCAAGCAUCAUAGCGGUGGCGUCAUCGCGUCUCCAAUGCCUUUCCCCUACCGAGAGUCCGUGCCGGCCGGCGCUCCACUUUCCGUGCCGACCAGCAGUUAGCGUUCCCGGUCAGUAUCCCACUCUUCACGCCAUCGCCAUCUAGAGCGCCAUGGCAGUGGACAAGGUUAGGAGUAGUGCUAGUGCGGCGGCCGUGAUGGGCCUGGUGGUAGCGGCGGCGGCGCUUCUUUCCCCGCCGGCGCCCGGGAGCUUCAACGACGAAGUGAACACUCUGGUGGAGAUCAAAAGGGCGCUGAAUGACCCGAGCGGAGCUCUCCGCGCCUGGGACCCGGAGGUGAUAGCCGCCGGCGACGAGCUGUGUGACUGGCCCAUGGUCGUCUGCAACUUGAAGGGCCAAGUUUUCAGGCUGGAUCUUUCGAACCAAAAUCUCUCUGGUACAUUGUCGCCGGCGAUCGGGAACCUUAGGUCAAUGAGAAAUCUAUUAUUAUGCAACAAUUCAAUAUCUGGCGCUAUCCCUGACACACUAGGCCAGAUAGUGCAUUUGGAAACUGUUGAUCUCUCAAAUAAUCACUUCACUGGAAGCAUCCCAAGUACGCUGGGUGGUCUGGCGCACCUCCAGCAUUUGAAACUGAACAACAACAGGUUAUCUGGGCAUAUACCUGAUUCACUAGCCACUGCUAGCAUGCUCUCAAGACUGGAUCUCUCCUUUAACAACCUCAGCGGCCAUCUGCCCAUUUUUGGCGCAAGUAUUGUCAGCUUGCAGGGUAAUCCAUUGCUAAAUCCCACUGUAGAAGAGCCACAUGAUUUUCCCACACCAAAGCAGGCGAAUAGUGAAGAAAAUUCAGAUGUCUUGGAUGAAAGAGAAGGCCAUAUCCUUGGUAUCCUUGCAGUAUGUCUAUCAAUUGCUUGCGCAGUGACUACCGUGAUUACUGUAGUUGCUGUGGUAUGUCGCUGUCGCCAUCGACAUGAGCAGGCCGGCGCAGUUGAUGAUGUUUCAUCGGCUAUAAGUCUUACUGACUCUGGUUUAUCUCAGUACUCUAUUUCUUCCUUGUUUAUCCUUCCAUAGCAAACUCGUUUAAACAUAAAGAUAUACCAUUGUAUGUUUUAGUUUGGGCUAUGAUGCUAUAGGAAACUACAAAUGAGCCCAUCCAACUGAAAUGAAUAGUUAUGAUGGAGAUUCCCUAUAUUUUGGAUGUUUUGGUUUGUUUC